AUGAGCGCUCAAUGCACCGGCUACUACAAUGCGGACAGUGUGUUCAUGGCCGGCUUUUCCUGUCCCACACCUGGAAACGAGGGCUAUGCCCUAUUCUGCUGCGGAUUUAACGAUACCAAGUACUGCUGCGAUGACCCCAACAGCUUUUUCCCAUACGAAUUUGGAUAUAUGUGGUGGCUGAGUAUUGGGGCGCUGGUAGGUCUCUUCGUUGCAGUGGUGGUCCUCUUGGCCUUCCUCAUCACCGCAGGUGUCCUCUGCUACCUCUUUAUCACCACCAAACCCAGUCGACUUGACAGUGGUUUGCCCCUCACAGCACUAGAUCCCAGUGAAGGACCCAGCAAUUCGAGCGCAUUCCUCCCCACUGGUCCACAGGGAUUCAGAAAACACUUCAUGAGCCGAAAACUGGACUGUGACAACCAGUCGCCUGACCCUGAACGUCUAUUCCAGAGGUGUUUUAUGGCCUCUGUUACCAGCGUGAAAAUGGAAAGUUCUUCAUAA